AUGGCUGCCGUGUACAAGUCGAUCGCGAAGGCCGCCGGCAAGGAUGAGGAGCCUGGCGCCAAGCAGAAAAUCAGGAACAAGGUCCUGAUCCUGAGUUCUCGCGGCGUCACUUUCCGCCACCGUCACCUCAUGAACGACCUUCACUCCCUCAUCCCUCACAGCCGGAAAGACGCGAAGCUCGACACCAAGACGAAGCUGUACCAGCUCAACGAGAUCGCCGAGCUGUACAACUGCAACAACAUCUUUUUCUUCGAGGCCCGCAAGGGCAAAGAUCUGUACGCAUGGCUGAGCAAGCCCCCGAACGGCCCGACGGUCAAGUUCCACUUGCAGAACCUGCACACCAUGGAGGAGCUGCACUUCACCGGCAACUGCCUGAAGGGCUCUCGCCCCAUUCUUUCCUUCGAUGCCAACUUCGACAAGCAGGCACAUUUCAAGGUCAUCAAGGAGCUGCUCCUUCACACCUUCAGCGUCCCCAAGGGUGCCCGUAAGACCAAGCCUUUCGUGGACCACGUCAUGGCUUUCACCAUCGCCGACGGCAAGAUCUGGAUCAGGUGCUACCAGAUCAACGAAACGGAGGCCGGGAAGAAGCCGGGAGAGGAGGAAGACUUGGAGGUGGACGAGAAGCCCAAGAAGGGCCAGGAACAGACGAAUGUGUCGCUGGUCGAGAUCGGCCCCCGCUUCGUCAUGACACCCAUCAUCAUCCAGGAGUCGAGUUUCGGUGGCCCCAUCAUCUACGAAAACAAGGAAUUCGUCUCGCCCAACCAGGUCAGACGGGAUGUGCGGGUUGCCAAGGCUGAGAAGCACAACUUCCGGGCGGAGACCAAGCUCGACCGCAAGGUCAAGCACGGCGAACUUGGCCUCAGCACUCAUGGCGGAAGGAAGAAGGAGGCGGAUCCGCUGGAUGACAAGACUCUUUUCGCGUAG